AUGGGCUGCUUCUGCGCUGUUCCAGAAGAAUUUUACUGCGAAGUUUUGCUUCUGAAUGAAUCCAAGUUAACCCUCACCACCCAGCAGCAGGGCAUCAAGAAGUCAACGAAAGGUUCUGUUGUUCUUGACCACGUAUUCCGACACAUAAACCUUGUGGAGAUAGAUUAUUUUGGGCUGCGUUACUGUGACAGAAGCCAUCAGACAUAUUGGCUGGAUCCUGCAAAAACCCUUGCUGAACACAAAGAACUAAUCAACACUGGACCUCCAUAUACUUUGUAUUUUGGUAUUAAAUUCUAUGCUGAAGAUCCAUGUAAGCUUAAAGAAGAAAUAACCAGAUAUCAGUUUUUCUUGCAGGUGAAGCAAGAUGUCCUUCAGGGCCGGCUGCCCUGCCCUGUCAACAUCGCUGCUCAGCUGGGAGCAUAUGCCAUCCAGUCUGAGCUUGGAGAUUACGACCCAUAUAAGCAUACUGCAGGUUAUGUGUCAGAGUACCGGUUUGUUCCUGAUCAGAAGGAAGAACUUGAAGAAGCCAUAGAAAGGAUUCAUAAAACUUUAAUGGGUCAGGCUCCUUCUGAAGCAGAGCUGAAUUACUUGAGGACUGCUAAAUCUCUGGAGAUGUAUGGCGUUGACCUCCAUCCCGUCUAUGGAGAAAACAAAUCUGAGUAUUUCUUAGGAUUAACUCCAGUUGGUGUUGUUGUCUACAAGAAUAAAAAGCAAGUGGGGAAGUAUUUCUGGCCACGGAUUACAAAGGUUCACUUCAAGGAGACACAGUUUGAGCUCAGAGUACUGGGAAAAGAUUGCAAUGAAACCUCAUUCUUUUUUGAAGCUCGAAGUAAAACGGCUUGCAAGCAUCUUUGGAAGUGUAGUGUAGAACAUCAUACAUUUUUCAGAAUGCCAGAAAAUGAAUCAAAUUCAUUGUCAAGAAAACUCAGCAAGUUUGGAUCCAUGAGUUAUAAGCACCGGUAUAGUGGCAGGACAGCAUUGCAAAUGAGUCGAGACCUUUCUAUUCAACUUCCUCGGCCAGAUCAGAAUGUGGCACGAAGUCGAAGCAAGACUUACCCAAAGAGAAUAGCACAAACACAGCCAGCUGGAUCAAACAGCGUCAAUCGAGUAACAGGAAACAUGGAAAAUGGAGAAAAUGAAGGAACAACUCAAAUCACUGCACCUUCACCAAUAAAAAGCUUUAAGAAAGCAAAGAAUGAGAACAGCCCUGAUAUCCAAAGAAACAAAUCUCAUGCACCAUGGGAAGAAAAUGGCCCCCAGAGUGGACUCUACAACUCUCCCAGUGACCGCAUGAAAUCCCCGAAGUUCCCCUCCUCGCGUCGCCGAAACCCCUCCUGUGGGAGCGAUGACUCUGUACAGCCGACAAGGAGGAGGAAAGCCCAUAACAGUGGUGAAGACUCAGAUCUAAAGCAAAGGAGGAGGUCACGCUCACGCUGUAACACGAGCAGUGGUAGUGAAUCAGAAAAUUCUAAUAGAGAACACCGGAAAAAGAGAAACAGAAUACGUCAGGAGAAUGAUAUGGUUGAUUCUGCGCCUCAGUGGGAAGCUGUAUUAAGGAGACAAAAGGAAAAAAAUCAGGCGGACCCCAACAACAGACGAUCCAGACAUAGAUCUCGCUCGAGGAGCCCUGAUAUCCAAGCAAAAGAAGAGUUAUGGAAGCAUAUUCAAAAGGAACUUGUGGAUCCUUCUGGUUUGUCUGAAGAACAAUUAAAAGAGAUUCCAUACACUAAAAUAGAGACUCAAGGUGACCCAAUCCGCAUCAGGCAUUCCCAUUCACCGCGAAGUUACCGCCAGUAUCGCAGGUCUCAGUGUUCAGAUGGAGAGCGAUCUGUUCUCUCGGAGGUGAAUUCAAAAACAGAUCUUGUACCUCCACUUCCUGUGACACGUUCUUCAGAUGCUCAGGGUUCUGGUGGCUCCACAGUUCAUCAGAGAAGAAAUGGAUCUAAAGAUAGCCUGAUUGAAGAAAAAUCGCAGACAUCUACAAGCAAUCUGACUGGAAAACACAUAGCAAAAACAGUGAAAACUGUCCAAGCUUCACGCCUCAAGAUGGACUUGAUCCAGUGA